UAAGUUGUCUUUAGCCCUUUGAUUUUUUUUGGCAUGCUUAUGAAUUUGCUUUUCUUUUUUAAAAUCCCCCUUAUUAUAGAUUUGUAUAGAUUUGGUUGAAGUCACAGAUGCCAUAUUCUUCAUCUUUAUAAUGCAAGUUUUCUUUCCAGGUAGAAGGACAAGAAAAUAAUGAGCCAAUGCCAUAGAAACGCAAAGGGUUAAAGGUUUUUCUUUUACUUUUGUUUUGGGUACGCUUUCUAUACUUUGAACAAAUGUGUUUUUCUGCUCAAAAUACUUUCAAGCUAUUGAAAGUUUUCAUUCCAAAUCCUAGACUUUUGGGCUUGUUACUUUUGAGAAACUGUUUCUCACAUUAGAGCUCCCCCCAUAUUGCUCUAAAUAUAGUUUAGUAAAUGCACCUAUUUUGCUCUAAGCAUACUUAAAAGUUAAAACAAAAGUAUGUAUACAAAGACUUUGAUAUUUUUAAUAGUUGGAGUCUGUUUUGCUAAUUUUAGUGUGCAGGUCAGCACAAGGGGCAUAGUGAGUGAGCCUGAUGGAAGCUUUCCUCAGGUGAGUUUCAAAAUCAGAAUUAGGUGCCUGUUUCUUAGAAUUAGAUUCUGCUGCAGGUUUACAAAUUAGACUUUCAGCCUGCAUGAAUUAGUAGGGAUAUUCUUUUUUUACUUGCAUAAUUGUAAUUGAUUUAAACAUGUAUGUCAGAAUUCACAGGCCCAUACUAACUGUCCUUAAUUUCUUUCCUACAGCAGUACUGCUAUAUGCCAGUCCUGUCUGCAUUCUUAAGGGUGCAGUUCAACACAUCCUCUCUAGAUUAUGGUGAAAAAGUAUUCCAAAGGAAGUCUUAUCAGAGCUAGUGUCAGAAAGAAUGACACUAUCAAUUGGGCAUGAUCUUCAGCAUAGGAAAUGUCUUAGAAUUUUAUUAUUUUUUCCUAAAUUGUGAUGCUAUACUACUGGUAUAGCUGAUUAUCACAUUUCUAAAACAUAGUGUGCCUCUGUGAAUCUUGUUCUGUACUGUUUGGGCUUCUUUAAGAUAUUCUGAAGUUUGAAAGCAAAUACUGAAACUUGAACCAAGAGACUAACACAUCUCUUUGUACACCACUUUUCUUCUGUGUGAAACAUAACCGGUAGAAGUAAUAUAUUUCAAGUAAUAUGUUUCCAGUUGUAAUUUUUACUUUCUAAGAAAAUAAAAAUGUUUUUGGGUCAACAAAACUUAAAAAGAAUGAAGCCCUUUUUAGUAACAUGACAUCAGAGUAAGAUUAUAGGUGUAUUUUAAAAGUCAGAUUUUCUAAACUAUAACUUUUAGAACAUUGUAUGGAGAACUUAUCUAGUUAUAGUUAUUUGUAGUCAGGAUUUUAACAGCUUGCAACAGGUAAUGUUUUGAAUAUAAAUAUCUUUCCAAAGUGUUACUAAUGGUAAAGAGAUAAUUUUCUAGGCUUCUAUUCUGCUGCUUGAAGUCAGAACUGCUGAUGGAGACAAAGGCACGAAAGUGAGGGAAGACCCCUGAUCCUAAAAUGAAUGCUAGGACUUACAUGGAUGUAAUGCGAGAACAGCAUUUAACUAAAGAAGAGAGAGAAAUUAGGCAGCAGCUAGCAGAAAAAGCUAAAGCUGGAGAACUAAAAGUUGUCAAUGGAGCAGCAGCAUCCCAGCCUCCCUCAAAACGAAAACGGCGUUGGGAUCAAACGGCCGAUCAGACUCCUGGUGCCACUCCCAAAAAGCUGUCAAGUUGGGAUCAAGCAGAGACCCCUGGACAUACCCCUUCCUUAAGAUGGGACGAGACACCAGGUCGUGCAAAGGGAAGUGAGACUCCUGGAGCAACCCCAGGCUCAAAAAUAUGGGAUCCUACACCUAGUCACACACCAGCGGGAGCUGCUACUCCUGGACGUGGGGAUACACCAGGCCAUGCAACACCAGGCCAUGGGGGCGCAACUUCCAGUGCUCGUAAAAACAGAUGGGAUGAAACCCCCAAAACAGAAAGAGAUACUCCUGGGCAUGGAAGCGGAUGGGCUGAGACUCCUCGAACAGAUAGAGGUGGAGAUUCAAUUGGUGAAACACCAACUCCUGGAGCCAGUAAAAGAAAGUCACGUUGGGAUGAAACACCAGCUAGUCAGAUGGGUGGAAGCACUCCUGUUCUGACCCCUGGAAAGACACCAAUUGGCACACCAGCAAUGAACAUGGCUACCCCUACUCCAGGUCACAUAAUGAGUAUGACUCCUGAACAGCUUCAGGCUUGGCGGUGGGAAAGAGAAAUUGAUGAGAGAAACCGCCCACUUUCUGAUGAAGAAUUAGAUGCUAUGUUCCCAGAAGGAUAUAAGGUACUUCCCCCUCCAGCUGGUUAUGUUCCUAUUCGAACUCCAGCUCGAAAGCUGACAGCAACUCCAACACCUUUGGGCGGCAUGACUGGUUUCCACAUGCAAACUGAAGAUAGAACAAUGAAAAGUGUUAAUGACCAGCCAUCUGGAAAUCUUCCAUUUUUAAAACCCGAUGAUAUUCAGUACUUUGAUAAACUUUUGGUUGAUGUUGAUGAAUCAACACUUAGUCCAGAAGAGCAAAAAGAGAGAAAAAUAAUGAAGCUGCUUUUAAAAAUUAAGAAUGGAACACCUCCAAUGAGAAAGGCUGCAUUGCGUCAGAUUACUGAUAAAGCUCGUGAAUUUGGAGCUGGUCCUUUGUUUAAUCAGAUUCUUCCUCUCCUGAUGUCUCCUACACUUGAGGAUCAAGAGCGUCAUUUACUUGUCAAAGUUAUUGAUCGAAUAUUAUACAAACUUGAUGACUUAGUUCGACCAUAUGUGCACAAGAUCCUUGUAGUCAUUGAACCAUUAUUGAUUGAUGAAGAUUACUAUGCUAGAGUGGAAGGUCGAGAGAUUAUUUCUAAUUUGGCAAAGGCUGCUGGUCUGGCUACUAUGAUCUCUACCAUGAGACCUGAUAUUGAUAACAUGGAUGAGUAUGUCCGUAACACAACAGCUAGAGCUUUUGCUGUUGUAGCCUCUGCCCUGGGCAUUCCUUCAUUGUUGCCCUUCUUAAAAGCUGUGUGUAAAAGCAAGAAGUCCUGGCAAGCAAGACAUACUGGUAUUAAGAUUGUACAGCAGAUAGCUAUUCUUAUGGGCUGUGCCAUCUUGCCACAUCUCAGAAGUUUAGUUGAAAUCAUUGAGCAUGGUCUUGUGGAUGAGCAACAGAAAGUUCGGACCAUUAGUGCUUUGGCCAUUGCUGCCUUGGCUGAAGCCGCAACUCCAUAUGGUAUCGAGUCUUUUGAUUCUGUGUUAAAGCCUCUGUGGAAGGGUAUCCGCCAACACAGAGGAAAGGGUCUGGCUGCUUUCUUAAAAGCUAUUGGGUAUCUUAUUCCUCUUAUGGAUGCAGAAUAUGCCAACUACUAUACUAGAGAAGUGAUGUUAAUCCUUAUUCGAGAAUUUCAAUCUCCUGAUGAAGAAAUGAAGAAAAUUGUGCUGAAGGUGGUAAAGCAGUGUUGUGGAACAGAUGGUGUAGAAGCAAACUACAUUAAAACAGAGAUUCUUCCUCCUUUUUUUAAACACUUUUGGCAACACAGAAUGGCUUUGGAUAGAAGAAAUUACCGACAGUUAGUUGAUACUACCGUGGAGUUGGCAAACAAAGUAGGAGCGGCAGAAAUUAUAUCCAGGAUUGUGGAUGAUCUGAAAGAUGAAGCUGAACAGUACAGAAAAAUGGUGAUGGAGACAAUUGAGAAAAUUAUGGGCAACUUGGGAGCAGCAGAUAUUGAUCAUAAACUUGAAGAACAGCUGAUUGAUGGUAUUCUUUAUGCUUUCCAAGAACAGACUACAGAGGACUCAGUGAUGUUGAAUGGCUUUGGCACAGUGGUCAAUGCUCUUGGCAAACGAGUCAAACCUUACUUGCCUCAGAUCUGUGGUACAGUUUUGUGGCGUUUAAAUAACAAAUCAGCUAAAGUUAGGCAACAGGCAGCUGACUUGAUCUCUCGAACUGCUGUUGUCAUGAAGACUUGUCAAGAGGAAAAAUUGAUGGGGCACUUGGGUGUUGUUUUGUAUGAAUAUUUGGGUGAAGAGUACCCUGAAGUAUUGGGCAGCAUUCUUGGAGCACUGAAGGCCAUUGUAAAUGUAAUAGGUAUGCAUAAGAUGACCCCACCAAUUAAAGAUCUCCUGCCUAGACUCACCCCCAUCUUAAAGAACAGGCAUGAAAAAGUACAAGAAAAUUGUAUUGAUCUUGUUGGACGUAUUGCUGACAGGGGAGCUGAAUAUGUGUCUGCAAGAGAAUGGAUGAGGAUUUGUUUUGAGCUUUUGGAGCUCUUAAAAGCUCACAAAAAAGCUAUUCGUAGAGCCACGGUCAACACAUUUGGCUACAUUGCAAAGGCCAUUGGCCCUCAUGAUGUAUUGGCUACACUUUUAAACAACCUCAAAGUCCAGGAAAGGCAGAACAGAGUUUGUACCACUGUAGCGAUAGCUAUCGUCGCCGAAACGUGUUCACCCUUCACAGUACUACCUGCCUUAAUGAAUGAGUACAGAGUUCCUGAGCUGAAUGUUCAAAAUGGAGUGUUAAAGUCACUUUCCUUCUUGUUUGAAUAUAUUGGUGAAAUGGGAAAGGACUACAUUUAUGCUGUAACACCAUUACUUGAAGAUGCUUUAAUGGAUAGGGACCUUGUGCACAGGCAGACGGCUAGUGCAGUGGUGCAACACAUGUCACUUGGGGUUUAUGGAUUUGGUUGUGAAGAUUCACUGAAUCACUUGUUGAACUAUGUAUGGCCCAAUGUGUUUGAGACAUCUCCCCAUGUAAUUCAGGCAGUUAUGGGAGCCCUGGAGGGCCUGAGAGUUGCCAUUGGACCAUGUAGAAUGUUGCAGUAUUGUUUACAGGGUUUGUUUCACCCGGCCCGGAAAGUCAGAGACGUGUAUUGGAAAAUUUACAACUCCAUCUACAUUGGUUCACAGGAUGCUCUCAUAGCACAUUACCCAAGAAUCUACAACGAUGAUAAGAACACCUAUAUUCGUUACGAACUUGACUAUAUCUUAUAA